UAAGGAGAUGAAGGUGCUCCCUGCAUCUGGCCUCGCUGUCUUCCUCAUCAUGGCUUUGAAGUUUUCCGCUGCAGCCCCUUCCCUAUUCACAGCCACCCCCAGGACCUGGAGAAACAACUUCCACCUCGCACAGGCUUAUCUUGACAAGUAUUACACAAAGAAAGGAGGAACCCAGGUUGGUGAGAUGGUUGCAAGAGGAGGCAAUGCCAUGGUUAAGAAGAUAAAGGAGCUACAAGCUUUCUUUGGCCUCCAAGUCACAGGCAAGCUAGACCAGAACACAAUGGAUGUGAUCAAGAAGCCUCGCUGUGGAGUUCCUGAUGUGGCAAACUACCGCCUCUUCCCAGGUGAACCCAAAUGGAAAAAAAAUACUUUGACAUACAGGGUUUCCAAGUACACAUCUUCCAUGGCUCCCGUGGAGGUGGACAAAGCGGUGGAGAUGGCCUUGCGGGCCUGGAGCAGCGCCGUCCCGCUGAACUUUGUUAGAGUCAACACGGGGGAAGCAGAUAUUAUGAUAUCGUUUGAAACUGGAGAUCACGGGGAUUCCUAUCCAUUUGAUGGGCCUCGCGGGACUCUAGCCCAUGCAUUUGCACCUGGAGAAGGCCUGGGAGGAGAUACUCAUUUCGACAAUGCUGAGAAGUGGACUAUGGGAACGAAUGGUUUCAAUUUAUUCACAGUGGCGGCUCAUGAAUUCGGUCAUGCUCUGGGCCUGGCCCAUUCCACAGAUCCAACAGCACUGAUGUACCCAACUUAUAAGUACCAGAAUCCUUACGGAUUCCACCUCCCCAAGGAUGAUGUGAGAGGGAUCCAGGCACUGUACGGACCUCGGAAACCCUUCCUGGGAAAGCCCACCCUGCCCCACAUCCCUCCUCAUAAACCCAUCCUCCCCGACCUCUGUGAUUCCAGCUCUUCCUUUGAUGCUGUGACGAUGCUGGGGAAGGAACUCCUGUUCUUCAGGGACCGCAUCUUCUGGCGACGGCAGCUUCACUUGCCAGCAGGUGUUCAGCCCAGCACUAUCACCAGCUCCUUCCCCCAGCUCAUGUCCAAUGUGGAUGCAGCGUAUGAAGUGGCUGAGAGAGGCACUGCUUAUUUCUUCAAAGGUCCCCACUACUGGGUAACAAGAGGAUUCCAAAUGCAAGGUUCUCCUCGAACUAUUUAUGACUUUGGCUUCCCAAGGUAUGUGCAGCGAAUAGAUGCUGCUGUCUACCUCAAGGAGCCUCAGAAGACGCUUUUCUUUGUGGGAGAUGAAUACUACAGCUUUGAUGAACGAAAAAGGAAAAUGGAAAAAGACUAUCCAAAGAGUAUUGAAGAAGAAUUUUCAGGAGUAAAUGGCCAAAUCGAUGCUGCUGUGGAAUUAAAUGGCUACAUUUACUUCUUCUCAGGACCAAAAACAUACAAAUAUGACACAGAAAAGGAAGAUGUAGUUAGCGUGAUGAAAUCUAAUUCCUGGAUUGGCUGCUAAAUAUAAAGCUCUCGUCUAUCCCAAGGAAUGAAGACAGCUACAAGCAGCUGGUAACUGGAUCCUAAGGACCAAAGCAUAAUUUAGAAGAGGAAUUCUUUCCAAAACUUUCCAUUCCAAGGGAGCUUUGAAGUUCACUCACACCAAAAAAAAUGCUUUAAAUGUUUUAACAGUUGUGUAUUCAGAAUUUUUAAUUCAAAUGAGAAA